CAAACAAAAUUUGUUCCAAUCUCGAUUCUCGAUUCUCACAACAAAUCAAAACGCAAAACAAUAAAAUUAAUAGAAAAAUUAAAUUAUAAGUAUGUUGCGGCAUUUUAUUCGAGUUAUAAGAAGCGGAAAUCAAUCUAAAAUUCUUUCUAGUGCUGUGUGUAGAUAUAAUGGGAAGAAAACCUUCAGCGUAUUGUCUCAACGUUCUAUUGAGUGUCCUAGGUUGGGUAAAAAUAAACCUCUCUUGAAUAAUUGUGUCUGCCGUACUAUGUUCAUUCAAACACAGGAAACACCAAAUCCAAACAGCCUGAAAUUUCUCCCAGGAACUCAAGUCUUAGAGCCUGGACAAACUAUGGAUUUUCCUAACAUAGGAGCAGCACAAUGUAGCCCCUUAGCCAAAAUGCUUUUCCGCAUUGAUGGAGUGAAAGGAGUAUUUUUUGGUGGUGAUUUUGUCACUGUGACUAAACAAGAUGACGAUGUUGAAUGGAAACUCUUAAAGCCAGACAUAUUUGCCACAAUUAUGGAUUUCUUUGCCAGCGGGCUGCCUGUUGUCACUGAUGCUAAACCGUCUGGAGAUACUCAAAUUAAUGAAGACGAUGAUGAAAUAGUUCAAAUGAUCAAAGAGUUGUUGGACACUCGCAUCAGGCCCACUGUCCAGGAAGAUGGAGGGGAUGUUCUAUUUGUUGAUUUCAAGGAUGGCAUCCUGACACUGAAAAUGCAAGGAUCCUGUUCAUCAUGCCCCAGUUCUAUCGUCACUUUGAAGAAUGGAGUUCAAAACAUGAUGCAGUUUUACAUCCCUGAAGUGUUAGCAGUUGAACAAAUCGAUGAUGAAGGAGAUAAAUUGAGUGACAAGGUCUUCAAAGAGUUUGAGCAGCUUAAAAGUAAAGAGAAGAAAGAAUAAUAAGUUAUGUUUAAUUUGAAAUGUAAUAUUAUUUAGAAAAUAUAGUUUAGGGAAUUGUUAAUAAUGUAAUUAUAAUAAAUAAAUGUAUAUAUUAUUUGGGUUUA